AGUUUUACAGACAGACAUCCGUCUUUGGUUAGGCUUAAGUUCGUAUUGCAAUCGAUUAUUAUAUCGAUAUCCCCAACGUUAAAACACAUCAACCGGUGUUCGAAUCUGGUGUAAAGUGUUACCUUCCCCAAGUUUUUAGCGUAUACAGUUGGGAUAUUGAGUGGCUCGCGUCUUUUUUUAAAUAAUUGACGUAUCAUAAUGGGUAGGGUUAUUCGUGCUCAGAGAAAAGGUGCGGGAAGCGUUUUCCGUUCCCACACUAAACACCGCAAAGGCGCUCCCAAACUCAGGAACUUGGACUACUCGGAAAAAUAUGGUUACAUCAAAGGAGUCGUUAAGGACAUUAUUCACGAUCCUGGUCGUGGAGCUCCUUUAGCGGUUGUUCACUUUAGAGACCCAUACAAAUAUAAGACAAGAAAAGAGUUAUUCAUUGCACCCGAAGGUGUAUACACAGGACAAUUUUUGUACUGUGGAAAGAAAGCUAAAUUGAACAUUGGUAAUGUUAUGCCUAUUGGUGUAAUGCCUGAAGGUACUAUUAUCUGUAAUUUGGAAGAAAAAACUGGUGACCGUGGCCGUUUAGCUCGUGCUUCUGGUAAUUAUGCUACCGUUGUUGCCCACAACCCAGACUCCAAAAGGACAAGGGUAAAGUUACCGUCUGGUGCCAAAAAAGUUAUUCCAUCCAACAACCGUGCUAUGAUUGGACUGGUUUCUGGAGGUGGACGUAUUGACAAGCCUAUGUUGAAGGCUGGGCGUGCAUACCACAAAUACAAGGCUAAGCGUAAUUGCUGGCCUAAGGUACGUGGUGUUGCUAUGAACCCUGUUGAGCAUCCUCAUGGAGGUGGUAAUCAUCAACAUAUUGGUAAAGCAUCCACAGUCAAGAGAGGAACCAGUGCAGGAAGAAAGGUUGGUCUCAUUGCCGCCAGGAGAACUGGUAGAAUUCGUGGAGGUAAAGUGGUCACCAAGAAGGGUGAUGAUUAAUCUGUUUAUUGUCGUCUUUGUAUUUAAUUUUACAAAUAAAAAAAAAAAACAAAA